AUGGAAUCCGGUACUACCGAAGCUACUGUGGACCCCACGUCCACGGUGGGCCGAGAGCGAAGUUCGAAGAAGACGGUGAAAGUUACUGGAAGUUUCGUCCAUUCCAAGUCAGAAGAAGCAAGUAACCGGCGCUAUGUGGCGAAGCUUCAGGCUUUCCUGAACAGCUACUACUUAGCCAACUUCAUGGCUGCUGUGGUUAUGAUCGACGCAUACUGCACCUGUGUAGACAUUGACGCAACUGCUGCCGGGGGCGCUCCGCCACAGGUUUUCGCUGUGAUAUCAGAUGCCUGCCUUGUGACCUACACUCUUGAGGUCGUGGCCUUGCUAACGACUUUUGGCUUUAGGGAGCUGGUUAACGAUUGGAUGAUGAUGCUUGAUGUGGUCAUUGUCGGCUGCGGCUGGGUUGAGACACUGAUGUCUUCCCUGGCGGAUGGAGCCUUGGGGUUCCGCACUGCUGUGCUGCGCGCGUUGCGUUUAGUGCGGAUUUUCAGGCUCAUGCGCCUGCUGAAACGGAUCCGCCCUCUGCGAGAGCUGCAUAAGCUUGUCAUGAUGAUGGCCACGUGCUUCAGGACAUUAUUGUGGUCGUUUUUGUUGUGCUUCGUGGUGAUGACGGUGUGGGCCAUGCUUUUGGUCGAGAUCGUCUACCCAAACGUCCAGGAGAUGUACCGAGAACGCGGCUUCUUCGUGGAAUGUGUACAGUGCAGGAGGGCUGUGUCUUCUGUUAUGGAUGCAAACUUGCUACUUUUCAAGACAGUGAUUGCGGGCGAUAGUUGGGGCGAGGUUGCCGUUCCAGUGAUUCAGGAGCACCCAUCCACGGCUAUCAUUUUCGUCGGAUCUCUACUGACCCUGGUCUUUGGAGUUCUAAACCUCAUUGUUGCUGUCGUGGUAGACACGUUUGCAGACGCCCGGCUCAACGACGUCCAAAAUCUUGCGGAAGAGAUGGAGGAUGAGAUCGAACAUGAUAGAAAGGCGCUGGGAAAGCUUUUCGCCAGGAUCGACAAAGAUGGCAGCGGUCAGCUAUCCCUUCAGGAGCUGAUCGAAGGAGCCCGUCACGACUCUGGCUUUCAAAGCCGCCUUCGUGUCAUGGACAUCGACGAGCAGGACUUGGAGCAACUGUUUCACAUGAUAGACAUCGACCAGUCUGGCACCAUCGAGGUGGCCGAGUUCAUCGGUCCCCUUAGCCGGUGGGCGCAUGAUUCCAAGACGGCGCCCCGGUUUAUCAAGUACAACAUGAUCCAGACGAUGCAUCUCCAAGAAGAUCUCUACGAUCUUUCUGUGGAAUGCUUCCAGAAGCUGGCUGCCAGGAUUGAUGAUCUGGCUGACCAGUUCCACCUUUCGAAGCUGGGGCAUGGUAGGCCCGGCCAGGUUUCAGCCACG